AAGAGAAUGUAGCUUCUCCUGCCUGUGGAAGCUUAGCAAACAGGGCAAAUGUGUGGAAAGGGCGGCUGUUGUACGGGUUAAUAUGGGACGGAUGAUGGCCAUAUGAAGCUGAAGGUGAUGAUUCACCGGCAGGUGAUACUGACCCAGAACUUGUACCAGAACAGGUUUCUCGGGCUUGCAGCAAUGGCCUCUCCAUCUCGUGCAUCUCAGGGCAGGCGACGAUGUAAGGAACCCAUUCGGCACAGUUUUAAUCCUGAACAGUUCCCUAAUGUGGACUUCCAGAACGGCGUACCUGAGGAGCUGGCGGCAGCGGUGCUGCGCUCCACCAGUGACACUGACCUCGUGACCUCACAUUGCCGCUCCACUCUCACAGUCAGCACCUCCAGCUACACUAUCGGUCAGACGCUGGACAUCACACUGAGUUGGGACAUCAAAGAGGAGGUGGAUGCGGGAGACUGGAUUGGCAUGUACCUCGUUGAUGAGGUUCUGUCAGAAAACUUUCUGGACUACAAAAACAGAGGCGUGAAUGGCUCCCACAAAGGUCAUAUCGUCUGGAAGAUCGAGGCCAACUCCUACUUUGUAGAACCGGAGACUAAGAUCUGUUUUAAAUAUUAUCAUGGAGUGAGCGGAGCCCUGCGAGCCACCACCCCAUGUGUGACCGUAAAGAACCCCUCUGCACCAGUGUUUAAGCCGGUGACCACAGAUGACGUACCUCAGAGCCAAGGCAGGAGAAGACUCAUCAGCUUCUCUCUGUCAGAUUUCCAGGCCACAGGGCUGAAGAAAGGCAUGUUCUUCAACCCUGACCCGUACCUGAAGAUAGCCAUCCACCCAGGCAAGCACAGCAUCUUUCCUGCCCUGCCUCACCAUGGACAGGAGAAGAGAUCAGGCAUCGUCUGCAAUACCAUUAAUCCCGUUUGGCAGAGGGAGCGCUUUAAUUUUGUGUCUCUGCCCACGGAUGUGUUGGAAAUCGAGGUGAAGGACAAGUUUGCCAAAAGCCGCCCCAUUAUAAAGCGUUUCCUGGGCAAGCUGUCCAUGCCAGUGCAAAGAUUACUGGAGAAGCAUGCCAUCGGGGACCGAGUGGUCAGCUACACACUGGGACGGAGGCUUCCAACAGAGCAUGUCAGUGGUCAGUUGCAGUUCAGGUUUGAGAUCACCUCUUCCAUCCACCCAGACGAUGAGGACAUGUCUCUUAGCACAGAACAGCCAGUGGCGGGCGCAGAAGCUCAAGGCCAACCUCAGGCCGAAGACACCAUGAGCUUGGACCAGGGUGCCCCAGAGCUGCCUUUGGAUGGAGACACUGCUUCUGUAGAAAUGCACAUGGACGUUGAUUCUGGGCCUGACUGUGCUGCUGAGCCAGAGACUAUAGAGGCAGAGACAUUAGAGGCAGAGCAGCAGAUGCAUCCAGAUGUGCAGGAGCAACAGGAGGAGACAUUCGAGAGCCAUAAUGCUGCGGAAGAACAUGGAGCUUCAGAACAAAUGGAGGAGGUUGAGACAAACAUAGAGGUAGAAGAGAGCAACCAAGAGGAGGCAGAGACUCCUAGUGCCUUUGCUGAAGGGCCAGUAGACCCUUCAGAAACUCCUGCGGUAGUGGAAGAUGAGGAAACCAGGGACCCUCAACCGAUCCCAGAAGAGGCAGAGGUGGAUCUAGAGGAAGGCUGUUCGCUGAGAAUCAGAACCACACCACGACGGAAACCCCGGCCUUGCUCUCUUCCCGUUUCAGAGCUCGAAACGGUCAUCGCUUCCACCUGCGGAGAACCGGAGACUCCGCGCUCCCAUUACAUCCGAAUCCACCAUCUUUUGCAUAGCCUGCCAGCUACCCUGCCUGAACCGGGAGACCAAGGGGAUGCAGCCAGGCCCGAGCCCGAUCAACCGCAGGGAGUUGAGGAGGAAGACAAUGAAGAGGGUGCAACACUAGAGCCUCACGCUUUAACUCCCAAUGGUCCACGCAGGACGCUGCCUCGCAGUCGCUCACACGAACGCCUGUCCGAUCUUAUUCAGAUGCUUGAUGGAGAUGGGCAGCCAUUUGGAGCUGAGGGCCAGGUCAAAGGUCAAAGUUCACCAGGGGAGAGUGAGUGUGACUUGAGCACGGUUCCCUGCUGCAGUCAUAUGACACAGAGGACCGUGGGCCCCAUGAGGACACCAUCCCUAGACAGUGCCCGCAGGUCGGAGAGCAUAGUGUAUUCCUCACAGGAUGAUGAGGAUGAGAUGGACAGGGUGAACGGGAUACUGGGAUUGGAGGCAGAGAGUGGACAGGGAGCUAAGAGUCGAGAGCCUGGGGAUGGAAGCUGUCAGUGGGAGGAGGCACCUGAUAGUCAUGUCCAAAGCCCACACAGCAUUAUGGAUAAUGGAGAAUCACCUGUACCUGGACCAAGCAGCAGAAGAGAGUGUCCUUUGCCUUGUAAUCAUCCUGCAGUCAGCCAGCUACCUGCUCUGCGGCCGGAUCCUCACCACUAUCCCACCAUAGACGAGCCUCUGCCUCCGAACUGGGAGGCCCGUAUCGACAGUCAUGGUCGUGUGUUCUACGUGGACCACAUUAACCGGACAACCACUUGGCAACGGCCCACGUCUGCAGCCACGCCGGAUGGCUUGCGCAGGUCUGGUUCUGUCCAGCAGAUGGAGCAGCUCAACAGGAGGUAUCAGACCAUCCAGAGGACGAUGGCCACAGAGAGGAGAGAUGAGGAGUCAGGCAGCCCUCGAAAUGAAAGGACAUCCAACACUGAAACAGACUCACCGCCACAGACAAACGAGUUGAGGAGAGACACUCCGUGUUCUCCUGGUCACUGUCAGAAGAUCACAUUACUGCUGCAGAGUCCAGCGGUUAAAUUCAUCACUCACCCAGAGUUCUUCACUGUGCUCCAUGCUAAUUACGGUGCGUAUCGUAUGUUCACCAACAGCUCGUGUCUGAAACACAUGAUUCUAAAGAUCAGGCGUGAUGCUCGCAACUUUGAGCGCUACCAGCACAACCGUGACCUGGUGACCUUCUUGAAUCGUUUUGCUGAUGCUCAACUGGAGCUGCCGAGGGGAUGGGAGAUCAAAACGGACCCACAGGGGAAGUCAUUCUUUGUAGAUCAUAACAGUCGUGCCACAACCUUCAUUGAUCCCAGGAUCCCAUUGCAAAACGGCAGACUGCCCAACCACCUGACACACCGGCAGCACCUGCAGAGAUUACGCAGCUACAGCGCAGGAGAGGCAUCAGAGGUGUCACGCACCCGCGGAGUGUCUUUGUUAGCCAGACCAGGAAACAGUCUGGUUGCAGCCAUACGAAGCCAAGGCCAGCAGGAGCCAGUUCCAUUAGCAUACAAUGAUAGGAUUGUAGCUUUUCUACGGCAACCCAACAUCUUUGAGGUGCUACAAGAGCGACAGCCAAGCUUGGCGAGGAACCACUCACUCAAGGAAAAGGUGCUCCAUAUUCGAACUGAAGGCACACAAAGACUGGAGAAGCUGUCGUGUGAUGCUGACCUGGUCAUACUGUUAAGUUUGUUUGAGGAGGAGAUCAUGUCAUAUGUUCCUCUCGCAUCAUUUCACCCUGGGUUUAACUUCUCGCCACGCUGCUCCCCUGGUUCCUCUCCCCAGAACUCUCCAGGAUUCCUUGAGAGAACUCCACUAGUUCCAGCCUGCUGUCUAUCUGGUGAGAGUUCGCCAGGAACACAGAGAGCUCGAGCACCAGCACCCUACCGCAGAGACUUUGAAGCCAAACUUCGCAACUUCUACAGGAAACUUGAGGCAAAGGGCUACGGGCAAGGCCCAGGGAAGAUCAAACUGAUUGUCAGAAGAGAUCAUCUGUUAGAAGGAACAUUUAAUCAGGUCAUGGCAUAUUCACGUAAAGAGCUUCAGAGAAACAAGCUGUACAUCACCUUUGUUGGAGAGGAAGGACUGGACUACAGUGGACCUUCGCGAGAGUUUUUCUUCCUGCUGUCUCAGGAGCUGUUUAACCCAUACUACGGCCUGUUUGAAUACUCCGCUAAUGACACAUACACUGUACAGAUCAGCCCCAUGUCUGCGUUUGUCGAAAACCAUUUGGAAUGGUUCCGUUUCAGUGGUCGAAUUCUUGGCCUGGCAUUGAUUCAUCAGUAUUUGUUGGACGCCUUCUUCACCCGCCCAUUUUACAAAGCACUCCUCAGGCUAGCCACAGAUCUCAGUGACCUUGAGUACCUGGAUGAGGAGUUCCACCAGAGCUUACAGUGGAUGAAGGACAAUGACAUCACAGAUGUGCUGGAUCUCACCUUCACUGUCAAUGAGGAAGUGUUUGGCCAGGUGACAGAGCGAGAGCUGAAGUCUGGCGGGACAAACGUGCAGGUGACAGAGAAGAAUAAGAAGGAAUAUAUAGAGCGGAUGGUGAAGUGGAGAGUGGAGAGAGGUGUGGUGCAGCAGACACAAGCUCUGGUCAGAGGAUUUUAUGAGGUGGUAGACUCUCGUCUCGUGUCAGUGUUUGAUGCCAGAGAGCUGGAGUUGGUUAUAGCUGGAACAGCAGAGAUUGAUUUGAAUGACUGGAGAAACAACACAGAGUACAGAGGAGGUUAUCAUGAUGGGCACAUCGUCAUCCGGUGGUUCUGGGGUGCAGUAGAGCGCUUCAAUAAUGAGCAGAAACUGCGCCUGCUGCAAUUUGUGACGGGCACCUCCAGCGUGCCAUACGAGGGCUUCACAGCCCUGCGUGGGAGUAAUGGCCUGCGACGCUUCUGCAUCGAGAAAUGGGGCAAGAUCACAUCUCUCCCGAGGGCACACACGUGCUUUAAUCGUCUGGAUCUUCCUCCGUAUCCAUCCUACACUAUGUUGUACGAGAAACUGCUAAUCGCUGUGGAAGAGACCAGCACUUUUGGCCUUGAAUGAGGACUUUACACAAAACACAUUUCUUCUUGUGACAUACACUGUUUCUAAUAAUUAUCUGUGUCCUUUGUUCGUUUCUUUCAUUCGUUCAGGACACCUCUGCAUGCGUAUCUCACCUGUGCAGGUGUACAGUGUGUAACGGGUUUGUACAAAUGAAGCUGUGUAUGCAAUAGUGAAAGAGAAGCCUUCAACCUGCUUUAACACUCAGGGCCUCGACCUCAACUGGAGUCUCUUUUCAGUUCACACAUGAUCAUUUCACCGUCGAACGUCAUGGAUUCACUCACGGCCAGCUGUGUUUUCUGUUGUUGCAGUUAUAAAAUGUUGAGAAUUGUAAAGUUAAAGGGAUAGUUCACCCAAAAAUGAAAAUUCUGUCAUAAUUUACUCACCCUCCUGUCGUUCCAAACCUGUAUGACAUUUUGUCUUCUUCUGUGGAACACAAAAGGAGAUGUUUGGUGAAAUGACAACCUCACCAUUCACUUAUAUCGAAUGCCAAAAAAACUAAAAAAUAAUGAUAUAAUGAACGUGAAUAGAGACUUAUGUGUUCCACAGAAGAAGAAAAAAAGUCAUACAGGUUUGGAACGACAUGAGGGUGAGAAAAUGAAGUCAUCAUUUUUAUUUAAGGGUGAACUGUUUCUUUGUAAACCAAAAUUGGUGCACUGACAAUAUUUGCUUGAGGAAGCAGGUGGCGUAAUUACUGUAAAUUUGUGCACUAGUGCAAAGUUCACAUAAUCUCACAAACACUAUAAUGAACACUGAGGAUGACUGCAUCAUCACAGGAAAUGACAAAACAAACUCAUGUCACUUUGCAGGAGUCAAAGGAGGAUUGUAACAGAAAGACUGGCGAGCAUUGGUUUGAAACUUUAUUUAUCAUGUACUAAUCAAUGGAUUCUUGUUUUAAAUCACAAUUAUCAUAAUAAUCAAAAUUCUUAUGAAAGCAUUAAAAACAAGGGAUGGAAACUGUCAGCUUAACAGGGUGUUAAUGGCUACAUGCUCAUGUGUUGUUCAUGAUGUUUGAUUAAUUGUUGACUGAUGGUAGUUUUCCAUGAAUUAAUAUUUGUUUGAUGCUUAGAUGUGUUCAAAAACAGUGUCCCAUGUCCUCACCUGCCACACUGGUAGGAUGAUUAAAGUUUCCUUUAAAAAACUGCUGUGCAAUGCAACAAAAUCACAGCCAAUUAGAACAUAUUUAAUGUUUAAUAUACGUUCAGCUGAGCGAAGAAAGACGAAAUGUCAUGUCACUUGUCACAAUUGUGACUAGAUGGGAGGGGAUUGAAUUUAAUGCUUCUCAACUGUGUAAAGUGGUUUGCAGACAGGAAGUCAUUCUUUUCCAGUGGAAGUUGGUGAUUUUAAUUUACGUAAAUGAUAAUGACCUUUGCUAAUGCGUUCUUGGCACGUCCUGUGCAUGACAGUUUAACAGUUUACAUGAUCUGUCAGAUACCGUAGGCAUUAUGGAGAAGUUAAAGGAAUAGUUCACCCAAACAAUGAAAAUUCUCUCAUCAUUUACUCACCUUCAUACCAUCCCAAAUGUGUAUGACUAUUCAGGCCAUUAUUGCAACGAUUAAUGAUUAGCUCUUAACUGACAAUUCAGUUUGUGCCUGGAGUUAAGAGGUUGUUUUAAACAUGUGCUUACUAAAAAUAAAGAAAAGCUUCUUUUAAAAAUACCUCUAAAUGACCUUCACUGAAUUACAGGAAACACUACUUGAGGAUUUUUUAGUUUAAUUCAGUAAAAAAAAAAAAAUCACAGCAAAAAAAAAUCUAUUGUUAUCGUGUGUUUUUGUCUUGUUUUCCGUUUAAAAAUAUCUAACAAUCCUUAAAACAAGAUACAUUUACCUGAGAAGAAACAUUUAAGAUAUUUCUUAAGUGUUUUUUAUAUAUAAGUGUAUUUUAAAAAUGUUUAUAUAUAUAUAUAUAUAUAUUAUAUAUAUA